AUGAGUAACGUUGUUAAUAAAAGUGGUAAACGUUUUAUACCGAAAAUCAGACAACGUCGUGUUGCUGUUACUGUGAAAUCUAUUGAAAAACCCAAUAUAAAUUCAAUUCCAAAUUUAAUAAAUCAUAGAAAUAAUGAUAAUGAUGAUGAUGAUGAUGAAGAUGAUAAUGAGUCCGGAACUUCCAAUGAAAAAGAACCAUUGAAUAAUAAUGAUCGAAUUGAUGGGCCUACACAAAUUGAGCAUGGGAACGAUUCCGGUAAUUUAAAGAACCAAAUAGAUUCGAAUAAUAAGUCAAAUAAUAAACAUUUUGAAACACAACUAGAGAGUCAAGCACCUGAUGAUGUCUCAUUCAUAAACACACAACCUGUUAUGAAUCAUAACGAGCUUGAUGGGCCUACUCAAGUAAAUGAUACCUCUAAAUCAGCGUCUUUAAAUAAUUCUUCUAAACGUGUAGAAGUUCAUCUUGGACCUUUCCAAGCACAUCAUAAAUUAUUAGGUCAACCACCAUCUGAUAUUGAUAAUUUAAGUUCAAGAUCAAACUCUAUUGGUGGAUCAUCAAUUACAUCACAUCGUCGAAGAUCUACUAGAUUAGAUUCAUUAAGUGGAGGGUUACGGCCGAAUUUCAAACCAACUUUUAAUCAAGAUGAACCUAAUGAAACAUUAGGCUCUAGAAGAAAUAGUCGAUUACCUUCAGUGACAAAUGUUCGAUUGAAUAAGAUGAGAUUUAAUAGUAUUACUGAAAAGGAUUCCUCAUUACAAGCUAUGAAAAGACGUCGUAUGUCAGUUCGUUCAUCGAUAUCUAAAAAAUCUGGAUCAUCAUCGCAUCGUAUUAGUGUUGCUACUAGAAUUCCGAUGCCCGGUAGUACCUCUGUUGUGAAUCCCAAACAAAAACAACAAUCUAAUCAAAAAGAUGGGUUAUUUCAACGAACGGAUAAUUUAUAUGAACAAUAUGUUGUCAAGAAUCUUGAUGAGAUUCCCAAACAUGUUCCAGUUAGUGAAUCCAGUAAAUAUAUAUUAGACGAAGAAUCAUUUACGAUGGCUGAUUUAUGUAAACCAUCAUUACCCAUUGGUACAAUAAGUGAGAAUUUUGAUAGAGCUAAAGAAGCUCAUAAGAAUAAAUUAUUAAAACGUAAAGAGCGUCGUGAGAAUCGUCGUCGUGCAAGACUUGAAUUUAAAUCUUUAGAAGAAUUAAAUAAAGAAGAGAUUGAUAAAGAAAAGGAAGAACGUAAACGAGUAGCUGAAGAAUUAUUGAAUAGUGAAGUUCCGGAGGAUCGUCCUCAAACUCAAGCGGGAGUUCAAUUAAAAUUGAAUGCAGAUGGUGAAAUGGUUGUUGAUGAUGAAAGUACACAAAUUGAUCGACAUGAGAAUGCUAGAUUAGAGAAUCAACAUAAGAAAGUGAUUGAUGAAAAUCCAUUUAAUAAUCUUUAUAAUAGUGCAUCAUAUGGACGUAAAGAUGCCAAUAAUAAUACAUAUAGUGAACCAUGGAGUAAUGAAGAAUUAAUAAAGUUUUACAAGGCGUUAUCUAUGUGGGGGAUUGAUUUCAAUUUAAUUGCACAAUUAUUUCCCUAUCGUAGUCGUAAACAAGUUAAAUCCAAAUUUUUAAGUGAAGAAAAGCAUCAUCCAAUAUUAAUAGAAUUAGCAUUGAAGAAUCGAUUACCAAUUAAUUUUGAACAAUAUUGUCAUGAUAUAAGGAAAGAAAUGGGUACAGUGGAGGAAUUUAAUGCAAAAAUUCAAGAAUUACAAUUGGAACAUGAAAAGAAUUUGAAAGAAAUUGAAGAGAGCAAAUUAAAUUCCAAGAUGGAAGAUCAAAUGGCAAAUAAUGGUGGGAUCAAGAAAGAUGAUGGGUAUAAGAAAGGUGCUGGUGGGUUAUUUAAUAAUGAUUUGAAAGUGUAUCGUAAGACGGAAGUUGUCUUGGGUACUAUUGAUGAUAUCAAGAGACAAAGAGAAUUGGAUGAAGCCCAAAAUGAAAAGGAGAGGAAUAGAUGGAUGAGAGGUGAUUUCAAUUAUAUAUAUAUAUAUAUAUAUAUAGAGAGAGAGAGAGAGAGAGAAAGUAAGAAAGAUAUGCUUUAUGUUAUGUAG